AUGCUAUGGUUUUGGCUGCCCCAGGCAACAGCAGAAGAAGCGACUAUCAACAAAGUUGACAAAGUAGAGGAGCCACGCGAUAGCACGAAUGAAGCAGUACUCGACAGUAAAAGACAAGAUGGGGAAGUUCAGCUGCAGACGCAAGAGGCAGCGUCUCAAGCAUUACGAGGUAGCGAUGUUUCUCUCAUUGAUAGCACAGUAGAGGGAGCGUCUUCUUUGCACCUGAGUUGCAUUCAACUCCAAGUCACCUGUGGCCGGUGCAGAGCCAUAGUGGACUUGCGCGUUUCCUUGCCAAAGGAUGGAGCCUCUCUGGAGCCUGCAGGCUGUACCGUGGGCUGCGCCAAAUGCCAACUGCGCAUGGGCAUAAGAGUGCAGCCAGUCAUUGGCGUUGGUGGAAGCCAGCUAAUGCGCGUGGCAGUUGUCCAGCCAAUGGAUUGUUAUCUCAAGGACUUGCUACCAUGCGAUUUCGUUUUGGCGUGUGACUGCUGCGGGGCCAGCAUGAAGGCUCGGGAAGUGCAAAGUGGUAUGUAG